AUGCCCGCCAUCACUUCGUCGGGAGCCAGGCCAGAGCUCGCCGGCGGUGGGAGCAGCGCCCUGGUGUUGGAAUUUCUCUGUCUCUUCACCCACGACUUGCAACGGAAACAAAAACGAUGGCAAGAUGGACGCCUCAAGUAUCAUACCUUCAACAAGCGGGUCAUGGUGUACGAUGACCGGGGAAACGCUGUGGGCGACAUGCACUGGCAGCGAGACUGGGACUUUGACGAGGGCGAGGAAAUCAAGCUGGAUCGGGGAGGGGUCAUUGUGCAGGUUCAGGAGUGUGUUGGACGUCAAAACCAGGAUUUGACUGAUCUGUUGGACAAAAGAGCAAAGGAAAAGGAGGAACGUCAAAGCCGUACGGCGACGAGAAUGGCUCCUGCGGCCUUUGGACUACGCACGCCAGCAAUUCCAUCAAGGGUAUAUCCAGCUCAAAUUGCCGGUCCCCGAUCCCAUCACAGGCGUCUUGACCAGGUUCUAACUCCGACGGGCCACCAUGGACGAGCUCUCGUGCCCACUGAAUCACCUUUUGAGCAGCGUCAGCGAGACCAGGAGACUCCUGAUGCCAACAAGGAGACUCCCUUGGCGAAAAGGAGGAAACACGACGAUACGCCGCCGAGCAAGCUAGGCUACGCCCAGAGUUUGUUUGGUGCUUCCCUCACUCUCUCGGCGGUACCCAUGAGCUCAGCCCCUGUCCGGCGGCCUGCGGCAUCAGCGACGCGGAUGCAUUCUGGCCCUGCGUCCUCCCAAGAAAAUGAUUCACCGGCGGGAGAGCCCGAAGAGCGGGAAUGCCACCCGUCAAAGAGGAGAAAACGCGAUGACAUGCCGCCUAGUAAGAUGGGGUAUUCCCAGAGUCUGUUUGGCGCCACCCUCAACUUAUCAGCUGUCCCUAUGAGUUCUGCCCCCGCUCUCCGACGAACUACAUCGGUGGCACGAGGGCAUACAGAACCACCCUCCUCUCAAGAACAUGGGCCACAGCCACAAGAACCGACCAGUGGGGUCCAGGAGAUUCCAGUUAACCCUUCUGUACGAGCUGGUCUUUCACGGUCUACUGUAACAGCGCCUCUCUUGAAUACUCGUUUACCGCCCUUGGGAAGCGCCUCAAAACCUGCAGCAAAAAACGAGGCUGGUAAGGCCGGCGCAAGACAGAGAGAUGUUGCGGUUGAGUUUCCGGCGGAGGAUACUCGCAUGAAUUCUGACCCCAGGGACAGUGAUUUAUCUGCGACGAGGAACCGAAACGCAGCGAAAUAUAUCGACAGAGGUCAGAUCCGUGGCCAGAACGUUGCACCAAAGCCGAAAAAGCCACCUCCGGUGCUAAUUCUUGAUCACGAUGAUGAUGAUGAUGAUGAUGAUGACGAUAUGGAGGGCGGAGAGGAUGACACGAAUCUCAACGACAAGAACCAGGCGCCUACACAGGACAAAGAUAUUGGAGAGAGUCGCACGCUUCCCAGGAACAUGCCCAAACAACGUUCCAAGAAGCCCACGACCAAGAUGCCCUUCACAAAUGCAGCCCCUGCCACGAAACAAGCGAAAUCAUCGAUGAGCACAAGGAACAGCAAAACCAAAAAGGCCCAGGACACUGGCUCUAACCUUCCAGUCGAAGAUGAAAGAGCACCUGAGGGUGUUGAACUUACUAUGCCACCUGAAGGGCCAAGGCCACAGUUGCGUAUCCAACCCCGCCAGAAGCGUGGCCUGCUUGUGUUUAAUGAGAAAGGAAACAAGUCCAAAAAGCCCAAAGUACGCCAUGCUCAAUCCCAUGCCGAGUUGGAAUACGAUGGAGAGCCUUUUGUUCCAAAUCCAGCGCCUAUGACCAUGUCAGAGAAGGACGAUCUGUUUGCGUCCUUUGUCGAUGCUCCACAAGAGGCACAGACAGUCCCCAAGCCCAAAACACCGCCUCUCCUGCAAGAUGUACAUAGCUUGGGAGCCAGACACGAGAGCCUGGCAAAUUCUCAGGCCAGUAAUGAGGAUCAGCCAUCAAACAUUCGGGCCAAUGAUGACCCAUCUCUGGACUCUAACAACACUUUCUCCGUUCCUCCCCCUGCCGCUUCAAAAACCAAUAUGAUGGGAGCCAAUGACGAGGGCACUGCAGGCCUUUACAACGCUGAGCACUCAAGAAAGAGAUCACCAGGUCAGCAAAGGACGGCCGAUUUGGUCAAAGAUACCACCCAGGAUCGAGGGAGCACCAUUCAACCUCCGGAGUUGCCGCGAGCCCCGACAGGACCGAUCGCUGAACCGCAAACCAGCCUCAGGUAUCUGCAAGACAAAAUGACAGAUGAAGAGGACGUCAGCGAGAGGCCUCGAGCUCGUCUACCCAGGAAAAAGGUGACAUUGGCACUGGAUGAAAGUGACAAUGACAGCCUGCCAGUUCGCAAAACCAAGAAGCGAAUGACAAUGGCAUUAGACGAAAGUGAUGAUGAAAAGCCAGCAAGCUGCCAGAGCACCAGCCGAGAUAUAUCGGUAUCAGAAGAGAGUGCCGGUGAGAAGAGGCCAAUGCGCCGCAGUAACAGACGCACAGCGAAAGCAUUUGUUAGAAGCGAUGAUGAACGCCCGCCUACACGUCAGACCAGGAGCAACACAACAGUAGCAGUUUCGGAAGAGAGCGACAGCGAGGAGCUUCCCCAAGUCCCUGUGGCUCCAAGGCUAGCCAGACUCAGAAAGAGUGUCAAAAGCAGGGAAGUCAUUGGCUUCAUACCGUCGAGUUCCCCCGUCAUGGAGGUGGCUACCGUAGCAGAGCCUCGGCCAGCCCCUAUUCCGACUUCUUUUCCAGCUCGUACCCCUGCUCCUCUGCCCUCUUCUUUGCCACCUCUUUCCCCAUUUCCCGGUUUGAUGGACACACCCCCAGGUCUAGAGGCCAACGAUAUGAGCUCUCUGGGCUAUUCCAACGGCCCGAAGGCUCCCGCACCAGGAACAGGCAUCCCCGAACCAGAGCCCGUGACUGUGCCAGUCGUACAAAGUCUACAAACCAGCAGGGUGUUGCCCCUUUUGCCUGCCUUCGAGUCAAGAACAGACGUACCUUCGGCUGUUCGACGGGAUAACUUGCAACCUACCAUCACAAGCCGGGAAACACUGGUCACGGAGUCUGCCCAAGCUCCCACGCCAGCCCACCUCGAACAAUCUAUCUGCGAUUUCCCAAGCGGCGAGCCCCCGCACCACCACCUCGCUUCUGCUCCGGGGGCAGAUAAGGCUGGGCAGUCUGCAGUUGCUCAUCAGCAGACCAUGCCAUCGCUCGACACGAGCUCGACUUCUGUAUCGAUGCGACCAGCUUCUGCCAAGGGACCGAAUUUGAUUGCAGAGGAAGCGGAGGGUGUCUCAAGGUCACACGAAGCCGUCAGUCAUCAAGAGGUGCAGGAGAACCCAAUUGCCGUCCCGCGGGAUGUUGGGGUUUCUCUGGUUGCAUCAAAUAACCCCAACGGUCAAGCACUGCAGGGUCCACCUGCUGCUCCUACUAGACCGAAAAUCGCAAACCCGGCCACUCGCGGCCGUAAGGCUGCCCUCAAGUCACACGCUGCUGGUCAAGUUCCCCAAUCUAUUCUACCGUUGGAACCCGCCCCUGUACGGCUGACUGUGCGGCCACCUGAGACAGCACGGCCCGGAGCAGCCGCUGGCGGGCGCCCUAAAUAUAAGAUGCAGCUACCGGGCUUUACCUCGGCGAAGGAGACAGCAAAGGACUCUGGGGUGGACGUAGGGCCUUGGAGCAGGGAGGCCCAUGACCUCUUCGGGAGUGGCCGACCUUCUGAGGCUUAG